UUUAAAGAUUAAAGAAGUCUUGAGAAGCAGUUAGUGGCACACCACUCAUAAAACCAAUCCAAACUUUUGUUGACAUGUGUUUCUUUCCCCAUAUACCAACUUCCCGCUUUAUAGUAGUAAGAUUGAAAUUGAAAUAAGUCUGUUGCUGGUGGAUUAAUUUGUCACUUUCUUUGAAACUGGUGAACCCCAAAAGUUAGACAGCAAUAGGAAAAUACUGCCAUAGUCUGUUAAGAAGUCUAUGACAUUUCAAGGCAAGAAUGAAUGUAUGGAAGAAGAAGCUUGUUUCUUCUUUACUAACAAAAGGGAAAGCCUGGAAGUGAAUGAUAUGGGUAUAAUUUUAAAAAAAAAAAAAACCUUUACGUAACUUUUUUGCUGGGAGAGGAGACUACGAAGCACAUUUUCCAGGAAGUGUGGGCUGCGACGAUUGUGCGCUCUUAACUAAUCCUGAGUAAGGUGGCCACUUUGACAGUCUUCUCAUGCUGCCUCUGCCACCUUCUCGGGUAGAAGACAUCAUUUCAACUCUAACGCAGCAUGAUCGAAACGUACAGCCAACCUUCUCCUCGAUCUGUGGCCACUGGACCACCCGUCAGUAUGAAAAUUUUUAUGUAUUUGCUUACUGUUUUUCUUAUCACCCAGAUGAUUGUGUCAGCACUUUUUGCUGUGUAUCUUCACAGAAGAUUGGACAAGAUAGAAGAUGAAAGGAAUCUUCAUGAAGAUUUUGUGUUCAUGAAAACGAUACAGAGAUGCAACAAAGGAGAGGGGCCUUUAUCAUUACUGAACUGUGAGGAAAUUAGAAGCCAGUUCGAAGGCUUCGUCAAGGAUAUAAUGCUAAAUGAAGAAGUGAAGAAGAAAGGAGAAAACUUUGAAAUGCAAAAAGGCGAUCAGGAGCCUCAAAUUGCGGCACAUGUCAUAAGUGAGGCCAGCAGUAAAACAGCAUCUGUUCUACAGUGGGCCCAAAAAGGAUACUACACCAUAAGCAACAACUUGGUAACCCUCGAAAAUGGGAAACAGCUGGCCGUUAAAAGACAAGGACUCUAUUAUAUCUAUGCCCAAGUCACCUUCUGUUCCAAUCGGGAAGCUUCGGGUCAAGCUCCAUUUAUAGCCAGCCUCUGCCUGAGGUCCGUGAGUGGAUCUGAGAGAAUCUUACUUAGAGCGGCAAAUACCCACAGUUCCUCCAAACCUUGCGGGCAGCAAUCCAUUCACUUGGGAGGAGUAUUUGAAUUGCAACCAGGUGCUUCGGUGUUUGUCAACGUGACUGAUCCAAGCCAAGUGAGCCAUGGGACCGGCUUCACAUCUUUUGGUUUACUCAAACUCUGAACAGUGUAACCUCGCAGGCUGCGGCUGAGCUGAUGCUGGCAGUCUUCAUAAUACAGCAGAGCAGUUAAGACCACCCCCUGUUGAACUGCCUAUUUAUAACCCUAGGAUCCUCCUCACGGAGAACUAUUUAUUAUAUACCCCAAGGCACAUAGGGCUGCAAAAAGUGAAUCACGGGGCGGGUGAAACCCAAACAGGCCCUGUUCCAUAAGAGCUUAGAUUCUGAGGCAGCAACCCCACUGAUGCAGACAUCCCGAGAGUCCUAUGGAAAGACAGGCCAUUAUGCACAGAUUGAAUGCUGAGUAAACAGCAGAUAAUUAGCCAAGUUCAGUUUCGUUUCUUUGCAUACAGUGUCUUUCAGUGGAUAAUGUAUUUGAUUUAUCAGUGAAGAUGCGGAAGGGAAACAGGGAGCCUCAGCUCACAUUCAGUUAUGGUUGAUUCUGGGUCCCUGUGGCCCCGAUGGAGGGGGCAGGCUCUAGAAAGUCUAAUGCAGUGGAGAACAGGAAAACCCUGCCCCCACCAACCACCCUGACACUCAUUCUCUCUCUCUUUCUCAUAAACACACACACACACACACACACACACACACACACACACACACACAGGAGUCAAGCUGUUGCUAAUCAGUUAUCUUAUUUCAACCCCAUCCCUAUCUCCACCACUGUAGAUGGGAGAGGGGAGACGAGAGCAGCUCUGAGCCUGCCCCCUCCUCCUCCUGAAAUGACUGUAUUUAAAGGAAAUCUAUUGUAUCUACCUGCAGUCUCCAUUGUUUCCAGAAUGAACUUGUGAUUAUCUUGUUAUUUAUUUUUUGAAUAAUAAAGAUCCCUUAACGUUA